AUGCCUCCUAAACAACAACAAGCAAGUAAAAAAACAGUUGAUAAAGCAAAAGCAAAAAUAAUCGAAGAUAAAACAUUUGGUUUAAAAAAUAAAAAAGGUUCAAAAAAUCAAAAAUUCAUUGCUCAAGUACAAAAUCAAGUACAAAAUGCUGGAAAAUCAGCUCGAGAAAUUGCUAAAAUGCAAGAAGAAAAAGAAAAACGAAAAGAAGAUAAGAAAAAAACUGAAAUGGAAUUACAAACUCUUUUUAAACCCGUUAUUACUCAACAAGUUUUAGCUGCUGGAACUGAUCCUAAAUCGGUUUUAUGUAUGUAUUUUAAGCAAGGUUCAUGUGCAAAAGGCGCAAAAUGUAAAUUUUCACAUGAUCUUGCCAUUGAACGUAAAGCUGAAAAACGAAGUUUAUAUGAUGAUAUACAUGAUAAUGGAAAUAAAGAAAAUGAAACAAUGGCUAAUUGGGAUGAAGCACAAUUAGCAGAUGUUGUUGAACGAAGACAUGGUGAAGAUAAUAGAAAGAAAAAUGCUACGCAAAUUGUAUGCAAAUAUUUUCUUGAAGCUGUUGAAAAUAAUACAUAUGGAUGGUUUUGGACUUGCCAAAACAAUCCUAUUUGUCAAUAUAGACAUGCUUUACCACCUGGUUUUAUGUUAAAACGUGAACGAAAAUUACUAGAAGAACAAAAAGAAACAAUUUCACUUGAAGACUUAAUUGAAAGUGAACGAGCUGCAUUAGGUGUGUGUGUAACAAAAGUCACUCUGGAAUCAUUUCUUGCAUGGAAAACACGUAAAAUUGAAGAGAAAAAACAACAACUUGUUAAAGAUGAAGAAAAAAAACGAAAUGAUUUUGUUAAACAUGGUCGUUUAGUUGGUUUAUCUGGUCGUGAAAUGUUUACAUUCAAUCCAGAUUUAAUAGCUAAUGAUGAUGAAGAUGCUGAUAAUGAUAUUGAUUAUCGACAUCGAUCUGAUGAUGAAGAAGAAGAAGAAGAAGAAGAAGAAGAAGAAGGAGAGGAAAAUAAAAAUGAAACCACUGAACAAGCCAGUGCAUCAGCAAUUCGAAAACCAGCAAUUCGUGAUUUAGAUGACAUUGAAUUAUUAGCAAAACAAGCACGUGAAGUUGAUAAUACGGGUACAAUCGCAACUGAAGAUCGAUUUGAAAAUUAUCGUAAAAUAGAACGAGAAAAACAACAAAGGCGAGAAGUAGCUGCUGCUCAAGUUGCUCUUGUGGAAGAAGCAAAUAAACUUGAUCAAGUUAGUGGUAAUAUUGCUAGUGCAUGUGCGUCAGCUACAACUUCUGAUGAUACAACGUCAACAGUCAAUAAGGACGAUGAAGAUGAAGAUGAUGACGAAGAAGAAUCAGUAGAAAUUGAUGAAGAUUUAUUUGCAGAUGAUCUUGAUGAUGUUGAAGAGCAAUUACGUGAAACAAAUUUGACAACGUAA